GUCUGCUCCGGUCUGGCUCAGUCUGGCCCAGCAGCGGCCUCGGACACCACGCUGGGGCAAUGUGUGCGCGGUGGGAGCUCGCCACUCUGCUGGCCUGCCUGCUGUGUCGGUGGUCGGCCGGGCAGCAUACGUCUGAGGGCACAUCUGGCAGCAGCCCCCUGUCCGUGGCAGCCCCGGGACCGGCUGAGAUGCAGGACAUCCAGAACAUGGUCCGGCGCACAGUGCGACAGAUUGUCUCUCAACUGGAUCCCUCGGCAGAGGUCGCCAGCUCAGGGUCACGGACCAGAAAGGUCAAGGAUUUCACGCGUCAGUUCCACGUGGGCACCAGCUGCCACGACAUCCAGCUGACUCAGGGUGCUGACCGGUCGGGGGUGUACCUGGUGCACCCCGCCAACCUGGCCCAGGGGCCGUGGAAGGUCUACUGUGACCUCGAGACGGAGGGAGGCGGAUGGACGGUUUUUCAAGUGAGGGACGACGUGGAGCCCCAUGAGAACUUUUUCAGGAACUGGGAGGACUACAAGGUCGGCUUCGGUGACUUCGACAGGGAGUUCUGGCUCGGGAACAUUCUGAUUUGGGCGCUGACAAACGUUGACAACAGCACGCAGUUCGAACUGGCCAUCGACCUGGAGGACUGGUCCGGAAACAAACGCUUCGCCAGGUACCGCGGUUUCCGGCUGGGUCCCGAGCGGGACGCCUACCGCCUGUACCACCAAAACCUCUACUACGGCAACGCCGGCGACUCGCUCUUCAGCCACAACGGCCUGCCGUUCUCCACCUUCGACGUGGACAACGACAGCCGGCGCGGUAACUACAGCGAGCGCAGCUGCGCGCGCCUCUACAAGGGCGCCUGGUGGUACGGCAACUGUCACGACUCCAACCUGAACGGCUGGUACCUGGGCGGCGCACACCGCAGCUUCGCAGACGGCGUCAACUGGUACACGUGGACCGGGUACCAGUACUCACUGCGGCGCACCCAGAUGAGGCUGCGGCCGCAGAGCGACGCGCCCAUACCCAUCGGACAGGACACGUUCAUCCUAACCAACCGAGCGGGCAGGGGUGGGGACUCAGGGGAGCGGGUGGAUGUGCCGGAGCUGAUGGGGCCGGCCAACACCCUCACCAGACCAUGAGGAUCGCUGGACACUGGGGGUCCCAGACUCUGAGGUUCACUGGACCCUUAUAACUACAUCACUACACCCUAACCUUUGAGGACCCUUAUUGAACCCUGAGGAGGGGCUACAAAGAGCAAACUUCUGGAAGUGGAUGAACAUGCUGAAUCUGCUGGGGUAGGCCAAUAGACAAGACGCUUACUAGCCCCUAAUGACGGACCUCCAGCAUGGCUGCAGGGAACAGAACAUCAUUUUAUGGAGAUAUGUGGUUGCGACAUGCGAUGCUGCCCCAUCGUUGCAUCAUUUCUAAGCUACGCAACAUUACAUCAAGUUUCUAUGGUAGUUACAUCAGUUGGUUAUGAUUAAACAUAGUUGUCUGCUCAAGAUAUUGUCGUCAGAAUAAUAAAUACUCGUUCGAUAGUAUGAGUAUUUAUCCUUGUUUAAUA